AUGUCCAUAGCACGACUAGUACAUUCUCUUUUCAGAAGAGUACGAUCGGUUCUCUUACUUUUUAUUACCAUUUCGCUAUUAUUUUAUUAUACGUUUCAGAAUGAAAUAGACAUCUUAAAUUCGUAUGCUUUAAACGAUUCACUACCGUCUAUAAACAAUAAUGAUAUUAAUAUAGAAGCCUCCUCGAAUAUGGAGUCUCCUGACCUAUUUUCUGCAAGUUCAGACCGAAUAGCAACUGACAAGGACAGCAGCAAUGUUGCAACAGAUUUAUCAGAUCCACCUACGUUAAGGGAAAAAAACAAGUACUUCCCCUUACUUUUAAGGAAAUCAUCUGAUCAGAUUGGUUCAGAGCUACCAAUUUCAUCUCUAUUGACAUACAAGGAAAAGUAUCCCGUCUUGUUUGAAUACUUAUUACCUUCACAAACUUCUGCAAGUCUGGACGACAUUCAUAAAGUUCAACCCGCAAUGAAUUUACCUCCAGAUAUUGAAAUGAUUAAACAAAUAAAGGAAAUUUUCAUGAAAUCAUGGGACCAAGAGCAGUUGCUACUGAAAAGUAAUCUAAGAAGAGAAUCCAGUUGGCCUAUAGAACUAAUUGAUUCUCUAGAUACAUUGUAUCUAUGUGGUCAAAAAAAACUCUUUCAAGACUCAGUUAACAUAAUAAACGAUUUUGACUUUCGAGUCCCUCCGUCGACAAUAGAGAUUAUUGAUAUUCCUGACAUCAGUACCCGUGUUCUAGAAGGAUUACUCUCUGCAUAUGAGCUAUCAAUGGAUAAGAGCUUACUCAACAAAGCAAAGCAAGUCGCGGAUUUCAUACUAAGGUCAUUUGAUACUCCUAAUAGAAUUCCUAUAUUAAACUAUUUUUGGAAAUCUGAUUUGAGAAACAGGUUUCCCGAUCGUACUGCUUCAUCGGGUCAGUUGACCACAAUGUCACUCGCGUUUAUUAGAUUGUCACAGUUGGCUCAUUUGAAUAAGUAUUUUGACGCUGUAGAAAGAGUUUUUACCACGAUCCGUCAAUCAUAUAACGAAUUUGAUAUGGAUUUUAUGUUACCUGAUGUCGUCGAUGCUUCUGGCUGCCAAUUGUUAACCCAAGAGGAAAUUGAGGAUGGUGCACACAUAAAAGAAUCUAGCAUCAUGAAAAGCAUUAAUGAAAAUUUCAAGUUUGUUCACUGUCAGCAACAAGGAAUAUUUCUAGAAUCUCCAAUUAGUGAUGAUAAUUUCCAACUAAAACCUCAAUAUCAGGCUUAUGGAAUAAAUGAAAACUCAUUGCCAGUUUUAGAGAAUUUACUCAAAAUCGAUGAUCUUUUUCAAUCUUCCUAUGACAUCUUGGACGGCUCAAGUAGAAAUACCAAUGCUCCUAAGAACAACCCCAAUACCAAUACGAAUAUGGAAGCAGGUAACAAAUUAGUAGAUGCGGAUGAUGAAACACUAGAAAAAAGAAACUUAAAAAAUGAUGUCAAAAAGGAUUCGAUAAAAAGCAUUGUGGGCGAUAAAUCAGUAGUAGACUCACAAACAUUUUUGACAUAUUUGAUCAGUCAUAUUUUCAAAUUCAUGACUUUUCGACCCAUGUUCCCGAAGCAAACGGGAAACCAAAAGAUGAAAUUUCUGAAUUCGAUUUUAACAAAAUCCCAAUUUAUGCCCACAACUAACGAGUUGGAUGUUACCAUAAGAAGAUCGUACGAUGUUUCAUCCAGCUCAUGCAGACUUGGAGGAAUUCUAGGUUUGAGUUCACGUGUUUCUCCUCAAGGUGGUACCAACAGCAAAUACAUAUUACCAUCUUCGUUGUUAGAAAUGAGCGAAGCAAUCACACAGAGUUGUUUUGCAUUGAUGGAGGCGUUUGACGGGCUAAUACCCCAAAAGUUCGAAUUGGAUCCAUGCAUUGAUGAAAUUAAUGGAGAUUGCGAGUUUAAUGGUGACAUUAAAUCACGAAUGAUUUUCAAUGGAGAAUAUGAAACUUUUGAAAAUGACCAGGAUAUUGGGAUCAAAGUUUGGAAGCAUGGUAGAGGUUUAAACGGCCGUAAAGUUAAGAGAAAUUUAGUAGUUGAAGACAUGACAACAGAGACCGAAAGCAUUAAGGAUGAUACAGUUAGAAACGUGAAAUCGGUUGCUGCAACAAACGAUGGCCAAGUAACGCAAGUUCGUAGGGUUUUUACGCUCGGUAAAAGUAUCAAACCGCAUAUAACAACAGACGACAUUACUGGUUCUCAGUGGAAAAGCCAUCCGGACUGGCCUUUCUGGGUCAACAAAUUGGAAACCAGAAGAUUAUUGGAUUCGAAUGUCAUUGAAUCUAUAUUUUUUAUGUACAGAGUCAGUGGAAAACAAAAAUGGAGAACUAUGGGUAAGCAAGCGUUUGAAAUCUUGAUAAAAAAAAUAAUGAACUUAAAUAGUGGUGCCAAAGGACUGUGGCAAGUAAAGGAAUUUUACGAAAAUGAUGAAAAGGCAAACUAUGGUUUACCCAGCUAUUGGUUUUCCAGAACUUUGAAAUAUUACUUGCUAUUAUUCAGCGAUGGUGAUGAGAUUUCACUAGAUAAAUAUAUCAUAACACAAGGAGGCCAUAUAAUCAAAAAGAAAUGA